CACACUUAUACCAAAUUUAUCACCCUCUUCAAUCUCUCAUCCAUCUCCCGCUUCUCUCUUUCUCCAUUUUCCUUUCUCUGGAGAAAAGAACUAGAGAGAAACUGGAUCAAAGUAAGAAAGGUCAGUCAUGGAAGGUAUUUCUGCGACCAUGUACAAGGGAUUGAGAGGGUACUGGAAGAGGAGAGGCUACGUCAAGCUCAAUGGUUCGGGACGACGGACACGGCGGAACAGGGUGGAGCUUGGUUCCACGCGGCGGAGGAGGUUCUGGAGGAUCAGGGUCAAGGCGAAGCUGAGGAUACCUUCACCCAAGAAAUUCUUUGUUUGGCUACGUGAUGCCUACGUGAAGAUGAUGCUGGGGUUCGCCAACUCCAGGAUGAUUAAUACUGGCUACGGAGGAGCCAUAGGUGAUGGGAUUGCUGCCUUCGGGAAGGGUCCGAUGAAAGAGUAUGAUGAGAAAGUGAUCGUUGAGAUCUACAAAUCCUUGGUGAUGGGGCAAGGUCAGCUGGUGCCUAGGGAGGCAGGGAAGCUUAGCUCUGCAAUUAUUUGUCAACGGUAAAAAAGAGAAAAGUGAGAAAAGCUGAAAAGGGUUUUUACAUCUGGUCAUUUUCGCCACAAACUUGGUGGUGGAAGGAAUUAAAGUUCAUGGAAAUUAGGCAAGGAUCAAUUCCCAAAGAAAAUAAAAAAAAAUCAUCUAUUAAUUUUUUGCUCUUAAAUGUGAUUUUAAUGUUGUUCUUGUCUUUGUGAUUUGAAACCAGUAACUUGCUUAGUUUGGCAAAAAGCUGUUAAAGUCACCUAACUACUUGUCUGGGACGAAAAAUGGAUUUUAAUAGGGGAAGCAUCAUUUGAGCUUGUCAACAAUUUUUUAUUGAAUUAAGCAUAAUUAAGUUCUAUGCGUAUUUCAUCAA